AUGCCGUGGACUGUGACAAAUUCAUUCAAGCGAGGUCUCAUGAUGAAAACUUACGGACGGCCCCUGUGGCGCGUCUACGACGAUGACCAGCGGCCAGCGGCCAAAAAACGACGCGUUCUCUCCGACAAUGAUUCCGACGAGGCCGAGAACAGUCUUCAAUAUGCUAUCCGCGAGUCCUCCGCAGCGGUCAUGUCAAGCCCAUCGCGUCGCAAUUCGGUCCUCCUGUCCGAAGGGACACAAGAGGAUGAGCUGUCGACGCCCCCAUCGUCACCACCGCCCCGGCUAAGCCCCCCUCCGCCCAACACGCGCAAACCCACGUUUGCCUUCCUCAAGCGUAAACACUCCGCCACCAAGGAUGUCAGCAACGCCACCCCACUCACGGAAGUCAACUCGAACAGCGUACGCGCCUCGGUGGAUCCACCUAAGAAGAAAGCGCCCCAGCCGCAGCAGCCGGCUGCCUUGAAGCAAAUGCAAAUCGAUCUGGGCCACGAAGUGCGGAGGACGUGUGCAACAUGUGGCAUGGAGUAUGUGCCGUCGAACGCGGAGGAUCUGGCUCUUCAUAAGAAAUUCCACGACAUGAACUCGACGGGGGUGGAUCUUGGGAAGGCCUUCAUGCGGGCCAACGCAUCGCGCUGGGUCUACGAAGCCACUCGGUUUGAUGAGGGAUAUGUGGUCAUUGUGGACCGCAAGGCAUCGCCAUCGGCGAAGAACCAGGCCAAGAAAGUGCUGGAGGUGAUCUGCAAGGAGCUCUCCUCCCCCACGAUCGACGACGAGAUUCUCUGGAGCCAGACUGAACCGCCGCAACAUCUACACCAAAAUGCGGCGACAGAGAAGGUGGACCGGUAUAAGGUGUUCCUGCACAUGAAGGACAGCCGAUGUGUUGGGGCGUGUUUGACGGAGCGGAUCUGGGAGUCACGACCGGUCCAAAAGUCGACUACCUCGACCAGUGGACCAGACUCGUCCGUCACGGUCGGGGAAGAAACGCACCCGGCCAUAGUGGGGAUCUCGCGCAUUUGGACGUCCGGCUCAUCGCGCCGGAAGGGAAUUGCCAUGGAUCUGCUGGACUGCGUGGUGAGCAACUUUAUCUACGGGAUGGAGAUCCCCAAGGAACAGAUCGCCUUCAGCCAACCGACGGAAAGUGGCAAGGGCCUGGCGCAGGCCUUUUUUAGCAACGACGAGUGGCAUGUUUACGAGGAAAGCUAA